GUAGCCUCCAUUUGACAAAACAACAUGGAGUCUACAGUCCUUAGAGUUAAAUUAAAAACAUUGUAAUGAGUUUUUCGGUGGAUAGUUUCGCCUAUUUCCAGCAGUUAUGGCAGAUGAAGACAUGGUGCCACAAGCGAUGACGCUUGUUGAGGAUGAUUAUCCCCAUGUCCAUAUGGAUCCUUUCCUGUCCAUCAUGGAAGAUCCAGAUGAAGUGCCAUUUAUUAUCCAUCGGGUUGACUCCAACGAAAUCGUGUAUCAGCCUCGUCGACGGAAAGCUAAACUGAUAGGGAAAUAUCUGGUAGGGGAUAUGCUAGGCGAAGGGUCAUACGGGAAAGUCAAAGAAGCCAUUGACACGGAGACGUUAUGUCGACGUGCUGUCAAAAUCUUAAAAAAGAGGAAAUUGAGAAAGAUUCCAAAUGGAGAACAGAAUGUUCAAAGAGAAAUACAAUUUCUGAAAAGACUUCACCAUCGUCAUGUUAUCAAACUCCUCGACGUUCAUGUCAAUGAUGAGAAGCAGAAGAUGUACCUGAUUAUGGAGUACUGUGUGUGUGAACUCCAGGAGUUGCUAGAGAGCACCAAAGACAAGAAAUUCCCUCUCUGCCAGGCACACAACUAUUUUUCUCAGCUGAUCGAUGGUCUAGAAUAUUUGCAUGGACAGGGUAUUGUGCACAAAGACAUCAAGCCCAGUAACUUGCUUCUGACCACAGACGAGACGUUGAGGAUAACCGACCUAGGAGUGGCAGAGAAACUGGAUAUGUUUGCGGAGGAUGAUACAUGUAGGACGAGCCAAGGAUCUCCUGCGUUCCAGCCUCCGGAGAUAGCUAAUGGCUUGGAGACAUUUGUUGGCUUCAAAGUGGAUGUUUGGGCUAGUGGUGUUACAUUAUACAACAUGGCUACUGGUCUCUAUCCAUUUGAGGGUGACAAUAUUUAUAGAUUAUUUGUAAAUAUUGGGAAGGGGGUAUACACCAUUCCAGACACAUUAGACUCACUGUUGUCAGGUCUUCUAACAGGCAUGCUACAAGUUGAACCUGAGAAGAGGUUGGGCGUACAACAGAUAAAAAGACAUGACUGGGUAUGUAAGAAGCACACAAGAACACAGGACUACGUCCCGUUUCCCCCGUCCAAGGAGGAGGGCGAUGUUUACAGGAGCAUGAGUGUAGUACCAUAUUUAGAGGAUCUGCACUGUGGCACGCCCAGUGACGAUGAGGAGUAUGACGACUCACAGAUUUUCUCAGAUACUUUUCCCUGUACAAACUCUGCCAACAACAACGCCCAACCAGUAGGGAAAGAAAACUCCAUUCCAGAGCAAAAACACAAGAAGAAGCGAGCCAAGUCUGGGCUGCUGGCCUCUUGUAAACAGUCCUGAUUAGUUGCAGUGGAUGUCCUUCUUGAUUGGUUGAAAAUGGUGUGUGCUUUUUCGUGAUUUGUCGAAAAAGGCUGAAUGGUUCUGUAACAGAAAGGCUGUAUGCUAUCUUCUGGGGUAUUUGAAAUGUGCUUGAGUGUGUGUCAACUGCGUGGUAUGCAUCAGUGCUCGUGUGGGAGGGUCCAAAUAUUUUUAACUGAGAUAUCCAAAGCAUGAAUAGGUGUGAAAAUGAGAAAAAUUGUGUAAAUUGGAUGGUCGCAAUGAUAUUACACUUACAAGUGUUAUCAGGACGGAAUACCCUCAAGUGUGGAAGAUUAAAACUGUGUACUAGGAAUAUGUCAUAUUCAUUUUGUUGUCAUCAGGGUCAAAUCAACAAAUGCCAGGGUAGCUUAGCACUGUAUUGUCAGAAAUUUACUGCAUCUUUCUGAACGUUUUAAUUGAACCACAAAAUCUUAAUUCUACAUUUUGAUCAAGGCAGGUUUCUUAAUCUUUUUGAAUAAAGAAGUAUUAUACCUGGGUUAGCGGUUUACCUGUUAAAUACCAGAGCUGCAUUGAAUGUUGAGUGGAAAAAGUUUUAAAAUCUGACACUUACACACUCUGGCAACUGAACAGUUUCUGCUUUUUUUGAAAAGUUAGUGAUAUAUGUAGUAACAUUUAAGUUAUGACAAAGCCUCUAGUAAUCUAUUGUGAUUUUGAGUCGUCACAAAGCCUCAAGUUAUCUAUUGUGAUAGACAUUUGCCCAUUGUUGUCAAACAUACAUCUGUAAACAAUUAACUUCUGAAAAUCAUUCUGAAUAAAUUUUUAUUAAACUUUGCCCGACUCUUCAAAGUCACUGGCAAAUCAAAGUUGUGAAUUAAAUGAUGACAAUUGAAGUUCAUGUGGGUUUUAAUGUGAUGCACAGGUAUAUGGUAUAGCUUUCUAAUGUUAAAAACAAAUCGGUAAAACAGUGGUGAGCUAGGCAGGUUUUAGUGGAUUUGAUCAAAGAUGUUUUCUAUAAACAGAUGUGAUCUU